AUGGGACGACUUGCGUCUGUUUACUUUAGCAAGGUCGAUCCUGUCUAUGGGUUCGUUGACCGCCAGCAGGUGGAAGAGCUCAUUGUGCGAAGGUGGACCACAUCAACGGUCAACAAUAUCGAAGAAGCUGUUCUUUGCGGCAUAGUCAGUCUGGGUUACCUGUUCUCUCAGGUUGAACCAACAAGGGCGGAGCUCAACCUGGUGGAAUCGGCAAGAGCGACACUUGAGCGAGCCAUGUCUGACAACCCCUCGGCAACUAGCAUCACCGCCUGGUUGUUCCGGGCCAUAUACCUAAGAGUUGCGGGGACCCAUCACGCCGCCUGGAUGGCGAGCUGCAUCGUUGUUCACAUGCUAGAAGCCGCUGGCCUCCAUUGCGAACCAACAAGCGAGUCCGUGCUCGCAAUACCGGCGGAGCAAGUCGAUCCGGAAACACGUCGGAGACUCAUGGCCGUUGCGCAGCACCUGAACAUCUGGAUGUCGUUCGACAUGGGCCGAUCCAGGGUUUCACUAUACAACGAGAGCAUGAUGGUGCCGGCUGCGCGAGAAGGAGAUAAGACCGGCGAGCUCAUGGAGCUGCUUCCGUAUUCUGCGGAGCUCGACCCGCAGAAGACACCCGAGGCCGUGGACUUGAUAGCUGCUCUGUCGGCCGUCAUGGAGCGCACCCACACAAGUCCACCGUCUAUUCUUGCCCAGUGUAACUUGGCCCUGUGCCUCUGCCGCCGGUUGCAGUCGACAAAUGUCUCUUUCACUGGAGCCAUGAUGGACAAGAUACUCAACCUCACUGCAAAGGGAAUAAGCGCCGCUCAAGAUAUCCUGGACGCCCGAUCUCCGUGGCAUCACAUGGCCAACGUGCCCUUCCAGAUUGUCUGCGUGCUUCUUGCCUUUGACAGCCUGUCGUCAAUAGCCCAGCUCAAGGACGCCAUGCAGUGCCUGAGCAACGUCGCGGCCAUCUACAAAACUGACGCCACAAGGGAAGCGCUCACUACCGCCUCCUUGCUCAUUUUGCUGCAUCAAAGAUGGAAGGAGAAGGGGGCCUCAGAGCUGGACAAGUUGACCAAGUUGUUUCCAGUGUUCGCUUCCGACGCGAUCACCGAUGAGCCUCUCUCUUGGAGGCCCGAGGAUACUUCUUGGCUAGACAGCAUCGCUGGGGAGUUUUAUAAUCUCGACUACUCCGACAUCGACCAGCUACUCUUCCCUACACACUCAUAG